AUGCGGUUUCGAUACAACUUCACUGCUCUGAUAUUUUAUUUUGGCCUCUUAACUCUCCUUCAGCUCUGCUUCUUUGGUCUCCCAAGCGUUGGCAGGUCGUCUCCCGUCCCUGGUGAGUUCGAGCACAAGCGGAACUGCAAGACGAAGACCAAGGAGCUAAUAUAUCGACCAUCUCUAGUUGAGCCUUCGAAGAAAAUGGAGGCAGUCGUCAAGCGCCUCGCGGCGCUGCGGCCCGCUAUCGAGGAGAUGCUCUCUCUCACAGGCACGGCCGGCCUGACCUACGGCGGCGUUUACCGCAGCGAAGUCAUCCAUAUCGAGAAUUUUAGAUACCGAGAUGUCGGCCAAAAGCUGCCAGUGAAUGAAGACACUAUCUUUCAAGUUGCGUCGCUCACCAAGAACAUGGUAGCUGCGACGGUCGGCAUGCUGGUAGAGGACGGCAAGCUGCGCUGGGAUACGCCUAUCAAGGAUAUCCCGCCCGAUCGAUCGAUUGAUUGA